CCGGCUUAUUUUAAAAAUUCCAUUCAAAUUAAAAUUGCUAGAGUUUUCAAGGACACCGUUACUCUCGACUCUAUGAUCUCAAAUUCACGAAAAAGUUCUAGAAAACCGUAUCAAAGUUAACUAAAGUAGUUAUUAAGACUUCCAUUUGUUUCAAUGAAAACUGAUCAACACGUUGUAAUUAAGGAAAUACUCUGCCAAGACUAUGCUGGAUUUAGUAUGGACGCCGUUAGCGCACAGAGCGGUCGCGUACACUGUUGGUUUAUCCAACUUGGAGUUUUGGUUGGGAGCCAUAUUAAUUUUAUUCGCCUGCGAAAUGGAUUUGAUAUACUUCCACAUUCUAAACUCUUUGGACGUGCACAUGCUUUAAAAAAGUGAGUUCAAAUAUUCAAAUUUCGAACUGGGAAGGAAUGUUUUGAAAAUAGAACGCCGGUGACUGCCAACAAGUAAACAAAAUAGUGCGGCCGAAGGUCGGCAGUGGAUUCGUUUCGGUUAUCGAUUUUAAUCGAUAUGUGACAAACGAUUUUUAAUCGAGUGAUUGUGACGUAGCACGUUGUUUUUGUUGUGAAGUGACAGUUGUGAUGCCAGUGUAGUGGUACAGUGACUUGUUUCGAAAAUUAUAACAAUAUGACUACCAAGUAUCCAAUCCGUCCGCUAUUCGGGUCUCAUUCGGACACGUCUGCUAUAAACAUAAAGAGUAUGGUGACAGAUCUCUUCGGCCAAAUGCGGGAGCCGUCGCCAGGGGCAGCCAGCCCUAAAGGCUCCACCAGCUCGCUGCAUGCUGGAUCGGUGACGAAGAACCUGGGCUUCCAGCAGCAGCAUGCUCAGGAGCUACCAUGGAACAGCCCUACGAUAUCGCUGCCUGGAGCUUGCAACAGUAAUCUAACGAGCGAGACUCAGCCGCCGCUAGUGCGAAGUGUCAGCAAUGCUUCAGCCCUCACCUCCCUCUGUGCUGACCUUUCACCAUCUGACUCCCACUUCUUUGAGGUUCUCUACAUCGGCAAGGUGAGGAUAUCCCAGCGGAAGGUACCAGAGUCCCUGAUUGACGAUGCGCUGCACAAAUUCGCUCAGCAUGAGGCUGAGAAGAUCAAGAAUCAAAGACGACACAGCUUACUCUCUUCUACUGGGACCUCAAUAUACAGCAACGACUCCACAGAAAACAUUUCAGAGCCAAAAAAUGAGACAACCACCAAAAAAAUCAACAUAACACCGAGCACGACCCCUCUAGAGCCAGACAAAUCUUGGAAAAGUGUUGAAAUAAUCCCCAAAACGAAAACAGAAGAAAUAGACAAAGAAUUCGACAUGUUCACCAAAGAACGCGUCGAAAUCAAGAAGAAUCACCAAGAAACUAUAGUCAUCAACAUUCCUAAGAAUAAUUUAGGCACUGUGAAUGAAGAUGAAGAGAAAAACGAUAUAAAUUCAGUCAUAUCCGAAACUGCGUCUUCAAUAACACAAUUUUGUCAGACUGUCAUCAAAAAUGUCGAAGAAGCCGACAGAAAUGAGAAGGAAAAUAAUCCUUUUGCGAAAGAAGCUAAAGAAUCUAGUCAAACAAAAUCUGUAGAUGAUAAAACGACUGAUAAUAAUCAAUCGCCGACGUUAAAUUUUAAAGAAAUAUCGAGGAAACCAAAGACUGUUAAUGAUUUUAAAGAAUCAAGUGAUUUUAAAAGAGGUGGUUUGCCGGAGAAUAAGCCGUUUUUGAGGGAUCGUGCAGCGUCAAUUGGAACGCUGAAUUUGAAGACGCCCAUUGCUCAUUUGAUUGGGGAACAAAAUAGAACAAUGCUUUUCCAGGUUGGCCGUUCAGAGCUACGGCUGAUAAGCCCAGAUAGGAAGCAAAUCUUGCUCCACCGGGAGUUCAAAGACGUAGCCAGCUGUGUGUUGGGCAGGAUACACAAGGAACACUUUGGCUUCGUUUGCAGGGAGACCAACGAGUCGUACGCUUGUUAUGUGUUCAAGUGUGAGAGCGAUUCAGUUGCCUGUGAGGUUAUUAAUGCAAUAAAGCAAGCGUUCGUAGCACACGCUGAGCUUUUGAAGAAAUCCCGAGAGAAGUCGCCGAACAUGACUUGCGAACAUUGCCCCAUGCUGUGGUACCAUCGACUGUGCCAUGAUAUUGAAGGUAUGAACGAAAAGAAAAUCCACGCUUUCAUAUUGAGACGCGUGGAACAACUACCUGAAGAUGAACAGGAGUUGAUCAUCACCAAGUAUCAAGGGGGAACCAAUCACAUGUACGAGGUGACCGAACACAAUGCAUUCCUGAUGAUGCUCCUCCGGGCUCACUGCGAAGCGAAACAGCUAAGACACGUUCACGACACCGCUGAAAACAGAUCGGAGUUUCUGAACCAGUACCUAGGUGGUAGCACCAUCUUUAUGAAGGCCAAGCGAUCCCUAUCCAGUGGGUUCGACCACCUCCUCAAAAGGAAGGCCAGUAGGGACGACGGCACCCUAUUGCAGAUGAAAAAGGAGCCAUCCCCUCUACCUACCAGUAUGGAUAGCCCCACAGAGACACCGAACCUGGACCUUCUGUCACCAGAUGCGAGAAGCAAGUCACUGUCGCCCGGUUCUGCUUUACAGGAUUCAGAUCCGACGCCAUCUCCCAGAACUCCAUCGGCAGUGCCAGAAGAAGAAUCGGAAGAAGCCAGAGAAGAACCUGGGACUCCUGUCAACUCACCCAUGAUGGAUAUAUUCCUGAAAGUGAGUGACUCGCGACCAAACGCCACCGGGAGCGGCACAGAAACUGAAGCCACGUGGAGGCAGACCAUCUACGAGAAAGUUGUGCAGCCCCCUGAUGUUCAGGAAGGAGACCUCAGCCAAGCCAUGAACUUACUGGGACAGCCAUCGGCGCCCAAAGGCAAGAGGACUAAGGAACAGCUCAAGCAGUUAUGGAAGAUGGCCAUCGACCAGACCAUACUCCUCGUGAGAAUGGAGAAGGAGAAUGCUAAACUGAAAGAGAGCGAAGAAUCGUCAGCAGUGCGUCGUAUAAAGCUGGAAUACACUGAGCUAGGGGUGUGCGACGCGGGGGUCACGCUAAUGUGGGAUCAGCUGCUGUCCCGGGACGUCUCCCGACCCAUGGCCCGGAUCGACCGGCAUAUGCUGACCCAGGCUGUUAUACAGGGUGUCCCUCGCAUGUCCCGCGGAGCCGUCUGGUACUUCCUGGCAGAGCAGGCCGCCUUCCGGUCUCCCCCACCAGAUGUGAAAGCCUUUCCGCUGUAUCACGCAGCCUACCGCGCGUUACUGGCAGGCUUGACGAAGCACCAGCACGCUAUACUGAUUGACUUGGGUCGCACGUUCCCCAAGCAUUCCUACUUCGCGUCAGCUCUAGGGCCGGGUCAGCUGGCUCUGUACAACAUCCUGAAGGCGUACUCAUUACUGGACCCUGAUGUAGGCUACUGUCAGGGUCUGAGCUUCGUCGCUGGGGUGCUGUUAUUGCAUAUGGAAGAAGCAGAAGCAUUUGUGCUACUCCGUCACCUGAUGUUCAGGCGAGGUCUUCGGAAGCAGUAUCUGCCCGACAUGAGUGCUUUGCAAGUCCAGCUGUACCAGCUGUCUCGCCUCCUUCGAGAUCAUGAACCGGAGUUACACGCGAAACUGGAGUCUCUGGAUAUAUCUCCAGCGUUAUAUGCUGCACCAUGGAUGCUUACGCUGUUCACCAGUCAGUUUCCUCUUGGAUUCGUCGUGAGGGUGUUUGACCUGAUCUUCCUCGAGUCCUUAGACGUGGUGUUCUCCGUCUCGCUCGCUCUCCUCUCAGCGCAUAGAGACGGCCUGAUGCUGUGCGAAAGCUGCGAGGAAGCGGCCGAGUAUCUGAAGCACAAGCUGCCUGAUAUGAACCGGGUGUUCUAUGAGAAGGUCAUGAAGAAGGUCCUCUCCUACGACAUCAGUCGCCAGCUCAGCGACUAUGCCGUAGAAUACGCGGUGCUACGCGAAGAGAUGCCGCGACUGGCAACCCUGACUGAAGACAAUAGAAUGCUGACAGCAGACAAGAACAGGAUGACUGAGGAGUUGGAUUCUGCAAUGGACGCCAUCACAAAUUACCAGAAGUCCCAAGCGCGUCUGGAAUCACAAAACAAGCAGCUGGAACAACAAAUAACGCUACUAAGCCGGUACAUAUCAGCUCAUCAACGCCAGGACAUGCCAGCAGAGAUCAAGAGGAUCGUCCAAAAUCACUCCAAACGCCUCUCUUUCAGCUCCAAAAUAAGCUCAUUUUCUUCCAAGUUUACCUCCAAUGACGAAGAGGAAGAAACCAAGAAGGUUUUCAAGACUGGAGUAUCAGCUCCGAAUUUGUUCUCCAAGAUAUCCAAAGAAGAUGUCAUGAACGCUGUGAAUAGAGACAGAACCCCGGAGAAUGAUAGAAAGUCCUUCAUAAUGAGGAAGUCCCAGUCAGUCCAUUCGGGUUUGAUAGCGAAUAACCUAAAGAACUAUCCUUUAAAAGUCUUAGAAGAGAAGACUGAAGAUAACAGAAGAUCUGACAGCUUCAGAGAUAGAGCAGAUCUGAAGGACUCCUUAAAAGAACUAGGGAAGAAGAAUACUGGUUUCUUUGCAAGCACACACGAGCAAAUCCGUCAAGAGAGGUUAUUCGAGCAGCAGUUAAAGCACGAUUUUGACGAGAAUUUGAAGAAAUUAGACGAGAAAAUCGAGAACAAAUCGUACAUCGAUGAUUUGAACCUGUUCCAGGGUAGAAAAAGCAUGUCCCUGAAUCUGAAACCUAGGGAACAUAAAGAUGAUAGUGGAUUUGUAACGCCUUUAAGUCCUGAUGAUAAGAGAGAUGAUACACACUCAGUGAUAUCUCAUCCCCUUAGCGAUUGCGAUGUGGACAUCAAGUUCGAUGGACAGUCGACCAAAUUGAAGCAAAUCAGGCCUUUUAAACACCCAGUAACUGCUACUAAAGAUACGUAGUAGUUAUAAGAGGUUUUAAUGUUGCUAUUAUAGAACAACUGUUCUUAGCAUUUGAGUUAAAGUAAUUCAAUUGUGGUCCAUUUCAAAGAGUGAAAACUGAAUGGUUUCUUUCGAAAUAACAAGAUGAUUAAUUUUUACAGUUACAGAAACUACUGUAAAAUACCAUAAAUCCAAUAAAAAUGGUUCAAAAAGAACAUAAAUAACAUCAAAUAUAUUAAAAAAAUCUUGCCAUACACAAAUAAAUGAGUUCGAGAACUAAAUUGACAAAAACAUGUAUGUCGUCCAUCGCUGUAAGUAUUUUAUAUAGCUCUGCAGCUACAGCCUGAUGUGUAUAUUGUUAUUAUUAUUCGCAUUAUGUAGUUAAUAUAGUAUUAAUUAUAUUAAAAUUAUAGUAACUGAAGAUAGUUUGACCAUUAAAAGACGUCAUCAACAGGUCAUUUAGUCUCCAUUGUAGGAG